AUGUCAAACGAAGCCACCGGUCGACCGAAAGAGGGCCCCACUAACGCUGAUAUACUAGCUUAUUUGGAGAAAAAUAAUGGGAGAAUAGGUGACGUGGAGAAGAGGCUUGACUCUUUAUCUGUGUUAGAAAAGAAAGUUGAUGGAUUUGAUCGGGAGUUAAAAAAGUUAUGGAAUGCAAUGGAGGAUAGAAAUAAGAAGCUUGAUGCCAGACUCUCAUGUGUGGAGGAGAAAGUUGAAUGCUCAGAUUUUAGCGUUGCACAGUUAGAGAGCAAAGUGAUCCAAUUUGAGAAAGAGCGGGAUAGUUUGAAGAAUGAGGUAAUCUAUUUGACUAGUCAAUCUAUGAGAAACAAUUUGAUAUUUACUAAUAUUACUGAGGCAGAUGAUGAAAACCAGCAUAAGACAGAAAGGUUGUUAAGAAGCCAUUUAGUAGAUAAACUUAAAGUAGCGCAAGAUUUAGUGGCAGAUAUGAAAUUCGAACGUGUACAUAGGAUAGGGGAGAGAAGUAGAGGAAAACCUAGGAACAUUGUGGCUAAAUUUGUUUUAUUUAAAGAUAGGGAAUUCGUUCGUAGGCAAUGGAAGCAGCUACAGGGAACACAGUUUAACAUGUUUGAACAAUUUCCGAAAGAGGUGAUAGAGAAGAGGAGACGCUUGGUACCUAAGAUGAAAGAGCAUAGGAACAAAGGGGAUAGGGCAUGGAUCGCCUACGAUACGUUGUAUGUGAAUGGCAAGGCCGUCAGAGAAUAG